AUGAAUUCAGUGACGAAAAUCGGCACACUGAUCAUCGUGAUUUUAUCCUUUCUCUGUUUUGUGGAGGGUCUGAUCUGUAAUGUCUGUAAAAUGUCAAAAAAUUCACAAUGUUCAGAAACACCACAGAGAUGCCUUGCAAAACCUGGUGGAUCAUGCACUACCAUAUCAAUCUAUGAUGGACCAAAUCAUAAGGAAUCAAGGCAAAUGUGCUUGCCUCAUUGCAAGGAAAAACAGUAUAGAAAAGGAGAGAAGUUGAUUUAUGUAAUGUGCUGUGAAAAAAACUUGUGUAAUAGCUUCUAG